CAAAUGCAGGUGUACAAAGUGUCAGUCUGACAAAAUGAACCUGGCAGCUCUGUUCGCGUGUUUUGUUUGGUAUGUGUAUGGAUAUGUUCAAACCACUGGGGAACCUUGUGAUGAGGCAACACAGCUUGGUUUUUUGGUGAACCGUGUCAGCGGAUACGUUUUGGCCGAAGAUGAAGACCCGAUUUGUGACGUUUACCUUACUUCUGGCUGGUAUUCGAUGGGAAAAUACGUGAUUUCAUCACAGAAUAUCCCGUGUGGAGCAACGUACUCCUGGUAUAGAACAGGUGAAUUACCAAAUGAUACGGCACAAGGCAUAGUUGAUGUAGAACUUUGUUUGACGGAUGGUAGAGAUGCGUGCCAUGACAGCAUAACAAUUCAAGCAAAAAAGUGUGAAGAAUAUAAGUACGUGUUUAAACUGGUUGAUGUCAAGCACUGUCCUGAAGCAUACUGCAUAGAGCUUUUGCAUGGAAACAAAGGUCAUGGUGAACCACCAAAUGUGAUUUCAAUCAAUCCAAAUAUAACUUCGAGAGUGUCUAACGAUGGUGUCGCUAAUACGAGCAUUUUACGAUUUUUCUGUAAUUUUGCCCCACAUGUUGAAACAACUGUAUUGUACAAUGUUACAUGGGCCAUAUCGUUACAAAAUACCCUGAUUGCUGAAUUGACUCAAAAAGGACCUGUACCAUAUAAUGAUACUUUUAAUACAUCAACGAUGCUUACGGAACAUGACAUGGAAGCAAAAGGAUAUGGAUUUAAUGCUACGAUUGUUUGCAUUGUGAGGGCAAUGUUUCAACUCAACGGAAGUGUGAGUGGACCAAAGACCAGUCCAGAAUUAUUCUGUGGUAUAGAGGUGUUUAGCGUUUCUCCAAUUAUCUUUACUGACACGCCAGAUUUUCAAAACAUGUCAACGAUUAUCACACUUCGAUUAAACAUACCAUUCGGAUGUGACGUUAAGAGACCGAAGUGCUCCUUAGAUGUCCUUUUGGUUCAGUUGGAGAAAAAUGAAAAUUGUAGAUUUUCAAAGAUAAGUGCAAGCGAUGGAAAACACUAUGACAUGAAAUGCGGGAGACGAAUAGAUCAUGACGAAGUCGGGAAAAACGUUUCAAUACACUUAAAUAUGUCGACUGGUGAUUGGAAAAAUUCAUAUAAUCAGGAAUUCCUUGUUUCGCUUCAUACGGGAGGUCAUCAUCACAAUUUUUUUCAACAGAAGUUUUUAAAAACGCUUACAAUAAAAGCUUAUGUAGAUACCACACUAGACGCAUCAUCACAGUGUUAUGCACAUAACGACCCACGUAUGCGAACUUUUGAUGGAAGAACAUUUGGACACCACGACGAAGGUGUAUGGUAUCUUUACAUUAAUACUAAGGAACAAUUACAGGUUUUGAUUAAAACGGAACAAUGUUGGAAAAGAGCGCAAGUAACAUGCAACUGUGGUGUCGUCGUAAACGCCGGACGGGAUGUUUUCUCCAUAUCUGCUUGUGAAACUAGAAACGUUUUUGAAAAAAAGUUUACAUCCUGUGAAGACAAGAAAGUUCUUGAAAUUUCGACAACAUCAGACGGGAGAAUAGACAUUGUUCUUCCAACGAAAACGAAGGUCCAAGUGAAUCGAUCCUGGAGAUAUUUUCUUAAUGUAGACAUCUGGGCAUCAAAUGCUGAUUCUAACAAGUCAUCAGGUCUUUGCGGUUACAUGGAUGGUAACCCCCAAAAUGACUAUACGUUCUUAAACGGGACUGAAACAAACAGCGAAACUGCUUGGAGACAUUCAUGGAGAGUACCAGACGAUAAAAAUCUGUUUGAAACAUCGAACCAUCUUACCCCGUGGCCAGCACAAAAACGUUUUUGUUCUUGCCCAUCAAACUCGAGCGGCAGGGACAUAACGGCAGGAAUUAAUUGCAGUGCAGUUGACCCAGAAUUUUGCUAUGUGCAGGGAAAUGAGGACCAGUUUGAUAGGUGUUUCACAACCCGAUUAACAAGACGUAAACGGAGCGCGAAUAGCGUGGAGUCUGAUACCCAUGAAAGUGCUGUAACAUCAAUGAAUAUGAAUGAAACAGAGUCUGGGUCAGCAUUUCUAACAGGAAUCACUUUCGAUAACGCAACUGCCUGGGCAUACUGUGAGGAUGCAUUCAACAUUACGGUUUUAAGAAUUUGUUCACAGUUGAAGAAUUUUACCCAAACAGACUAUUUGCAGGACUGUGUGGAUGACAUUUUGGCAUUUAAUGACACUGUGUUUACACCAACCUAUGUCGAUUUGCAAAAGAAGAAAUGCUAUUCGAUGAUGAACGCAUCAAUUCCACCGCCAGCAAAAGACUUCAAAAACAUUUCACUUAUUGUGGAUGGGGAAGAAAUAGAAAAUGUCACGGAGGAAGUAAUUAAGAAUGCCGUAGAUCCUGAAUUCACAGUUGAAGUGUUGAAUCAGAUUGUUAUCAAUGACUGCCCACAGGAGUGCUACGGAAGGGGUGAAUGUAACAACGGAACUUGUAAGUGUAACGAGGGUUUCGCCAGCUCAGAUUGCUCUGCAGACCUUUCAAAACCUGUGACUAUGUACGGAAUCCCGGACCGAGGAUAUUGUGAUUUGAAAUACAGACCAUGCGAAAGAACGUCAGUAUUUGGCACAAACAUUGCCGAUACAGUGAAGUGUUAUUUGCAACACUUCUGGGUAACGAACACUUCACUAACGUAUUCAACUUUUACACCUGAGACGGAGGGAUAUAUGCUUGCCCCUGACGAAAUUAAAUGUAUUUUGCCAACGGCAGAACCCACAAUCCCAGAUGGUUUUUUGGCAUCGGGAUUCAACGUUUCUCUGAGCAACGAUGGCAAUCUGUACAGCGUCGAUGAUAUGAUCGUUGUUUAUGACAGUGAUUGUGUAAAUUGCACGAGGCUUGGCUCUGACGUCAUAUGUGAAAGAAUAGACGGUUCCUGUAUGAAGGACGGGUUGUGCUACGUAGAGGGCGAUUAUGAAGGCUGCUCAGAAUGUUCCAGUGGACUUGGUGGAAACGUUUCUUGGAUUUACCAAUGUGCCUUGCCGGGAUGUAAUCCUUGUUUGAACAACGCUACUUGUAUCAACGGCUCCGACGGAUAUAGCUGCAUGUGCGCAGAUGGCUGGAGCGGAACACAUUGCGAACAAAAUAUCGAUGAAUGUGAAAGCAAUCCCUGUGUAAACGACGGAAGCUGUAUUGAUGGUUUGAACGGUUAUACUUGCGUCUGCACAGAUGGUUGGGAAGGAAAGAACUGCGAAUUAGACAUAGACGAUUGUCUUACCAACCAUUGUCAAAACAACGGUAGUUGUGAAGACGGUUUAAACACAUAUACAUGCAAGUGUGCUGGUGGUUUUAACGGAACUAAUUGUGAAAACGAGAUUCCAAUCUGUGAUAGGGAACCUUGUCAGAAUGGUGCUACUUGUAAUGAAACGACUGAAGGAUAUUCUUGUACAUGCGUUGCUGGGUUUUCCGGAACCCGUUGUGAAGAAGAUACGGACGAGUGCGCUAGCAGCCCGUGUGUGAACGGAGCGACCUGUAAUGACAGCAUUAACGGUUACAACUGUGCAUGUGUUGGUGGCUGGCAGGGAACAACUUGCGAAACCAAUACGGACGAUUGUGCAAGUGGACCAUGUGUAAACGGAGCCACCUGUACUGACGGCAUAAACAGCUACAACUGUACAUGUGUUGAUGGCUGGGAGGGAAUUAAUUGUACAACCAAUACGGACGAUUGUGCUAGCAUCCCAUGUGCAAACGGAGCCAACUGUACUGACCGUAUUAACAGCUACAGCUGUACAUGUGCUGAUGGAUGGGAAGGGACAACCUGUGAACUCAAUACGGACGAUUGUGCAAGUGUGCCAUGUGCAAACGGAGCCACCUGUACUGACGGCAUUAACAGCUACAACUGUACAUGUGCUGAUGGCUGGGAGGGAAUAAAUUGUACAACCAAUACGGACGAUUGUGCUAGCAUCCCAUGUGCAAACGGAGCAACCUGUACUGACGGCAUAAACAGCUACGGCUGUACAUGUGCUGAUGGUUGGGAGGGAAAUAAUUGUACAACCAAUAUGGACGAUUGUGCUAGCAUCCCAUGUGCAAACGGAGCAAUCUGUACUGACCGCAUUAACAGCUACGACUGUACAUGUGCUGAUGGUUGGGAGGGGACAACCUGUACACUCAAUACGGACGAUUGUGCAAGUGGACCAUGUGUAAACGGAGCCACCUGUACUGACGGCAUUAACGGCUACAGCUGUACAUGUGCUGAUGGAUGGGAAGGGACAACCUGUGAACUUAAUACAGACGAUUGUGCAAGUGGACCAUGUGUGAACGGAGCCACCUGUACUGACGGCAUUAACAGCUACAACUGUACAUGUGCUGAUGGUUGGGAGGGAAAUAAUUGUACAAGCAAUACGGACGAUUGUGCUAGCAUACCAUGUGCAAACGGAGCCACCUGUACUGACGGCAUUAACAGCUACGACUGUACAUGUGCUGAUGGUUGGGAGGGAAAUAAUUGUACAACCAAUAUUGACAAUUGUGCUAGUAUCCCAUGUGUAAACGGAGCCACCUGUAAUGACGGCAUUAACAGCUACAGCUGUACAUGUGCUGUUGGAUGGGAAGGGACAACCUGUGAACUCAAUACGGACGAUUGUGCAAGUGUGCCAUGUGCAAACGGAGCCACCUGUACUGACGGCAUUAACAGCUACAACUGUUCAUGUGCUGAUGGCUGGGAGGGAAUAAAUUGUACAACCAAUACGGACGAUUGUGCUAGCAUCCCAUGUGCAAACGGAGCAACCUGUACUGACGGCAUAAACAGCUACGGCUGUACAUGUGCUGAUGGUUGGGAGGGGAAUAAUUGUACAACCAAUAUGGACGAUUGUGCUAGCAUCCCAUGUGCAAACGGAGCAAUCUGUACUGACCGCAUUAACAGCUACGACUGUACAUGUGCUGAUGGUUGGGAGGGGACAACCUGUACACUCAAUACGGACGAUUGUGCAAGUGGACCAUGUGUAAACGGAGCCACCUGUACUGACGGCAUUAACGGCUACAGCUGUACAUGUGCUGAUGGAUGGGAAGGGACAACCUGUGAACUUAAUACAGACGAUUGUGCAAGUGGACCAUGUGUGAACGGAGCCACCUGUACUGACGGCAUUAACAGCUACAACUGUACAUGUGCUGAUGGUUGGGAGGGAAAUAAUUGUACAAGCAAUACGGACGAUUGUGCUAGCAUACCAUGUGCAAACGGAGCCACCUGUACUGACGGCAUUAACAGCUACGACUGUACAUGUGCUGAUGGUUGGGAGGGAAAUAAUUGUACAACCAAUAUUGACAAUUGUGCUAGUAUCCCAUGUGUAAACGGAGCCACCUGUAAUGACGGCAUUAACAGCUACAGCUGUACAUCUGCUGUUGGAUGGGAAGGGACAACCUGUGAACUCAAUACGGACGAUUGUGCAAGUGUACCAUGUGCAAACGGAGCCACCUGUACUGACGGCAUUAACAGCUACAACUGUUCAUGUUCUGAUGGCUGGGAGGGAAUAAAUUGUACAACCAAUACGGACGAUUGUGCUAGCAUCCCAUGUGCAAACGGAGCAACCUGUACUGACGGCAUAAACAGCUACGGCUGUACAUGUGCUGAUGGUUGGGAGGGGAAUAAUUGUACAACCAAUAUGGACGAUUGUGCUAGCAUCCCAUGUGCAAACGGAGCAAUCUGUACUGACCGCAUUAACAGCUACGACUGUACAUGUGCUGAUGGUUGGGAGGGGACAACCUGUACACUCAAUACGGACGAUUGUGCAAGUGGACCAUGUGUAAACGGAGCCACCUGUACUGACGGCAUUAACGGCUACAGCUGUACAUGUGCUGAUGGAUGGGAAGGGACAACCUGUGAACUUAAUACAGACGAUUGUGCAAGUGGACCAUGUGUGAACGGAGCCACCUGUACUGACGGCAUUAACAGCUACAACUGUACAUGUGCUGAUGGUUGGGAGGGAAAUAAUUGUACAAGCAAUACGGACGAUUGUGCUAGCAUACCAUGUGCAAACGGAGCCACCUGUACUGACGGCAUUAACAGCUACGACUGUACAUGUGCUGAUGGUUGGGAGGGAAAUAAUUGUACAACCAAUAUUGACAAUUGUGCUAGUAUCCCAUGUGUAAACGGAGCCACCUGUAAUGACGGCAUUAACAGCUACAGCUGUACAUGUGCUGUUGGAUGGGAAGGGACAACCUGUGAACUCAAUACGGACGAUUGUGCAAGUGUGCCAUGUGCAAACGGAGCCACCUGUACUGACGGCAUUAACAGCUACAACUGUUCAUGUGCUGAUGGCUGGGAGGGAAUAAAUUGUACAACCAAUACGGACGAUUGUGCUAGCAUCCCAUGUGCAAACGGAGCAACCUGUACUGACGGCAUAAACAGCUACGGCUGUACAUGUGCUGAUGGUUGGGAGGGGAAUAAUUGUACAACCAAUAUGGACGAUUGUGCUAGCAUCCCAUGUGCAAACGGAGCAACCUGUACUGACCGCAUUAACAGCUACGACUGUACAUGUGCUGAUGGUUGGGAGGGGACAACCUGUACACUCAAUACGGACGAUUGUGCAAGUGGACCAUGUGUAAACGGAGCCACCUGUACUGACGGCAUUAACAGCUACAGCUGUACAUGUGCUGAUGGAUGGGAAGGGACAACCUGUGAACUUAAUACAGACGAUUGUGCAAGUGGACCAUGUGUGAACGGAGCCACCUGUACUGACGGCAUUAACAGCUACAGCUGUAUAUGUGCUGAUGGUUGGGAGGGAAAUAAUUGUACAACCAAUACGGACGACUGUGCAAGCCUCCCAUGUGCAAACGGAGCCAACUGUACUGACCGCAUUAACAGCUACAAAUGUACAUGUGCUGAUGGGUGGGAAGGGACAACCUGUGAACUCAAUACGGACGAGUGUGCAAGUGGACCAUGCGUGAACGGAGCCACCUGUACUGACGGCAUUAACAGCUACAGCUGUACAUGUGCUGAUGGAUGGGAGGGGACAACUUGUGAACACAAUACGAACGAAUGUGAAAGCAGUCCAUGUGUGAACGGAGCCACCUGUGCCGACGGCCUUAACAGCUACAGCUGUAUAUGUGUUGAUGGCUGGGAGGGAAAAAAUUGUGCAAUCAAUACGGACGAUUGUGCUGGCGACCCAUGUAAGAACGGAGCCACCUGUACUGACGGCAUUAACAGUUUCACCUGUGCAUGUGAAAACGGUUAUGAGGGACUAUCCUGUGAACUUAAUACAGACGAUUGUGCUAGCGACCCAUGUAAGAACGGAGCCACCUGUACUGACGGCAUUAAAAGCUACACAUGUACUUGUAAAAACGGUUAUGAGGGACCAUCCUGUGAAAAAACCUUGACAGCCACUACAGAUGAUAUACAACUUGAAAUAGUCUUUGAUUUUCUGCUGGAGGAAUCUGCAAAUUUAACUGACCCCGGCACUGUCAAAGAGUUGACCGAUGCAAUUGAACCACCAAUGACCAAACACUUCCAAACGAAGAUGGGGGACAAUUUCUUUAGCCUGACAAUUACCGGAUUUUCGAGAGGCAGUUUAAAGGUAAACAUUAUAGUUAUAAAGAAAUCGACCGAGCAAGGCGCAGCUGACUUUAUUGGCGCUGCGUUAAGUGUAACGGACGUUAGUGUGGUGAUAAACAACGAAACGUAUGGUGCAUCUGUUUCCUCCAUCGGGAACUUGAAAGUUAAUCAAGAAACACUGGACGGAAGUGAUUCCUUGUGUCAGUUAUUUAUUGCGGUUAAUGGACAUUGCUCUCCACAAACUAAAUGCACUGUAAUAGACUCAAAACCAGUUUGCAAAGACGUACCUAUGGAGUCCACUUCAGGAGACCUGUAUUUAGUCAUUUUAAUUGUUGUCGGACUGUCAUCGGUGCUAUUGGUCGGAGUUUGUGCGAUUAUCUGCUGUAAAAAAAUGAAAAAGCACAAAACAGAUAAGACUCCCCGAGUCAAUAGGGAUACAAUGGAAGAUGUCUGGCGGAAUAUCGCUCCACGAUACUCAGACAGACAUGCUCACAUCACAGCUACUUCUCGACAUGACAACGCAGGAAGGAACCAGGAUUGGUCAGCUGACGAUGGUCUUCGAAUUUGGGAUAACCAACAUCAGCAAGACGACUCAUGGUUAUAAAGGUACCACUCGACCCUAGCCCAAUACAGCGGAACCUGUCAAUGUACAUAUAAACAAACCUACAGACUAAUGGUGUGAAUAAUGUUUGUUAAACAUUAUAUAAUAAUAUAAUAUAAAGAUUUACUUAAAUGUGUGCUGAAUGAAUACAUACGUAAGCUCAAAAAUACUUCGACUACUGGUGUAAAGUAUGCGAUAUGUAUUAUAAUUAUUUGCAAUAUUAAUAAAUAGUAGAUGUUCUCGGUGUCAAUGCGAAGGUCACAAGCCUUCCAAUUACAAACGUGUUAUAGUGUCUGUUCAUGUGCGCUUGUUUGUGUGAUUGGGUGUGGAUUUUAUGUUCAUUGAUCCUUUUAAAUACUCCAUUUUACGUUCCGAACUAUUUUUGUUUUUCAAACCGAUUUGUUAUUCUGUGUUUAUUUUCUUAAUUUAAACUCCUGAUUUAUAUAUUUAAUUCAUUUAUAAACGAAAUGUUCUAUUUGUAAAUAUACUGUUUUGAUUUAUGUUAAAAUUUUAUUUCAUAUUCCUGAAUAUUAAUUGGCUGCUUAUCGUUUGUGUCCAUACAACAUUGUUAAUUUUGUAUAAAACUCACUUUUUCUAUCGUGUUGUCAUUAAAUUGUAUGUGCUGAAGGGUCUUAACGAUUUGCUUAAUGAGAAUUAACUAUUAUAUUAUUUAAUUUUAUACUUUAUACUUACCAAAAAUAAAAUGGAUAUAUUUGA